AUGCUUUCAAGCAUAGAUCGGGAUUGCGCAGCUGCGAAGCGAGCGCAAAAGAAACUGCAAAACAACCGAGUAGAGGAGUGCGUUCCAGGCGGAUUUUCGCCUCGGCCUUCCCACUCGCGGAGUUGCAGCGUGACAGGCGUUUCACAGGAAGUGGACACAGGCGCUGUUGCGUUGCAUGGACAUGCAGACACUGCAGAUGCUAAACUUGAAUGGAAACCAGAGCGGUCCCCCAGACUUGGCUAUGACAAAGCUGAAGCUGUGCCAAUAAAACACACUCCCUCGGUGAGUGUCUUUCCUUCCAGCCCGGCAUCACCACCAUCCAUGUCGUCAGCAUGCGGAAAUCACGUAGGUAGUGAACACGCGCUGCGUCGUUCGUCGCCCAAGGCAACUUUGCUUGGUCAUCAUCAAGUACGCAAUGCUUUUUAUUCUUUUCUUCGGCAUGUGGAUGCCACGGCAAGUGUUGGUGAUGAGAGCGCGCGAAAAAGAAGUUGUACAGGGUCUUAUAGAGACACAGAUGAUGUGACUGCUUCGGAGAAGCUGAUGUUACGCGAAGUAUAUGUAUCUGGAAAACCAUGGCAACAUGCUGCUGAUGGUCUCCCCACGUACUUUCGAAGUGGCGCUUUGAACGUAUCGUCUCUUGCAACAAACAGUUCUGGGGAAUACGUUGCCGUAGGUGACCGUUCUGGUCGUGUUUUUUUGCUGCACCGUAUAAAACAGCAGUCGCAGCAGCAACAACUAGAAGGUAACGGCAGAGACUGUGAAGCAAGCAAGGGAGAGAGGCGUCCGCGCGCAAGUGGAACUGUUUCACGCGUACACCGGCCUUAUGCGUUUGCUGUGGGGCGACAAGCGUACACCUCAGUCAUAGACCCAUUGAACAGUGUGGAGGUGACUCCAUGCGUUCAGGCUCUCUGUUUUUUGCCUCAAACAGGUCCAACCACGUACCUGCUCAUGACAAACGAGAAAAUGCCAAAAUUAUUCAAGGUGAUUGGGGUGCGAGAGUCUCCCUCACCUUUUUCAGCGGUGAAUCACCUUGGCGAGAAAAGUGUUGCCUCACUGACGUUGAACCCACUUAAUGGUACACGGAUGACUGCGAUGAAGGAAGUGACUCGUUAUGCCUUGAAUCACGAGUACAACAUAAACUCACUCUGUCCAGUGGCGGAUAGUGCGCAGUUUUACUCCGCUGAUGACCUCACUGUGAAGUUGUGGUGCGUCGAGCACCAGGACACGUCUAUUGAGACGUAUGCUCUUAAAUCCCCCUUUGAGGAGGAGGUUACGGAGACCAUAUUUGGCAUUCGCUGCUUUUCUCAUGAACCAUUUUUGCUUUUUGUUGUGACAACCGCCGGGGCUGUUCGAGUGCUCGACAUUCGCCAGCGACUUAAAUUAUUUCAGCAGGCACCGUUGGUGUUUAAAAACACGUACCAUCACGAAGACACUGUUUUUGCUAACUCACUCACUGACUGUGCACUAAGCCCGUGUGGGAGGUUUGUGGCUGGACGUGAUGUCAUGAGUACGUGUCUGUGGGACGUCCGUCGCAAUUCUCAGCACGAUCGAGCUGUGCAGACGCCAUCUUCAUCGUUGCAUGAUGAUGACGAGUACUGUGUGCUGCAGCGGUGGGAGCUGUAUCCACACCUCCGGCAGGAAAUGGAACAAAUGUUUCAGGGAGAUGUUAUGGAAACGUUUAAUGUACGUUUUUUGAAUGAUCACAAAGUGUGCACCGGCGGUUUUUCCAGAACGUUGUAUACACUUGAUAUUUUGAAGGAUUCUGCUUCUCCUGGCGACGGAAGGAAGUCCACUACGCGUUGUAGUAACGGACAGACAUUUCAGUUGCCGCAGUUGUACGGAGAAAGUGGCGACGCAAGAUUGGGUCUCCUGUCCUCGCUUGCAAUGGAAGACGUUCGGUUUUCAGACACUGAUGACGCGGACGCGCUUUUCAACAACACCGUGACCCACCUUUCACAGCCUUUGACGUCUAUGAACGGAGACUGCUCUCUACUGGCGUCCUCUGGUCAGGCAGUUUUCCAACUGACAUAUACAAACUUGCGUUGUUGA